AUUGGCAUCGGUUAUGGAUACGGAUCCGGGCGAAGGAACUUCAGAUGGCCGUGUGCAACGCAAGUUGGGCAGUGCUGUGGUCGAAAUCAAACAAGAGCCAGACAUUAAAGAUGAACCGUCGAAUGGCAUUGAAUUUGAUUUGAUGACACGUCCAAAUGGAUGGUUUGAAGGCGAUGCAGCCACAGCGACAUCGAACAUCGAAUCGGAAGGUGAGUCAGAGAGUGAUUUUAUCAUCGACUUUGAUUUGAAUGAUGUGAAAGAGGAAGUGAAGUGUGAAGAAGAGAAGCCAGAAAAAGGAAAAGAAAAUGCUUCGUCAAUGGGCUGGAGCUCAGAUGUAGCCGAACCGAAUGCUCUUGACGGUCAAGACAAUGAACAAAGGGAUGGAUCAAAGGCCAUUUGCAAGAGACUGAAUGCGAACGGCAAAGGAAAGAAACGCGAUGGAUCGAGAAAGCAAAACGGACGAAAGAUUCCGAGGAAUAAGGCGGCGAAGAAACGAAAGGAGCACAAGUGUCAUGUGUGUGGUUAUGUUACAUCGCAUAAAAGUCAUCUCAAUGCACACAUUCGUAGUCACACAGGCGACAGGCCAUACAAAUGUGAUCAAUGUUCAAAAAGCUUCACACUCAAAUGUAAUUUGAAUCAGCACAAGCAAAUCCACAGCGAAAGCAAACCAUUUGAAUGUUCC